AAAAUAUCAAGGUAGAAAUAAAAAAUUGUGUAAUUGAUUUUUAAAUUAAAUACAUUCUAACAGCUAAAAUUAUUUCAUAAAAGAUCAAUAUAAUUUACGAAUACUAUUUAUUUCAUUAAUAUCUUUACUAACAAGAUGAUGCCUAUAAAUUUCAAGUAUAAAAAAUUAAGCGAAAAAGAGCUUUUAGAGUUAUCAAACAGUAAGUAUACCAACGAAUCUCCAAAAAGUAGAUAUAGUGAUAGUUUAUACUACAAAAGAAAUUAGUUUUAGCAAAGAUAGUAAAAUGAAUAUGACACGUUAGGGAGUGUAAGAAGAGUAACAGAGGAAGCAAAAGACAAGUGUGAGCAAAUGAAAAAAAAAGUGAAAAAAAUACUUAUAGAAGAAGAAUUGCAGCAAGGCAAAUAAAAAUUGCUCAACGAUAAAAUAAAAUUUAUGGAAACAAUAAAAGCUAGAAAAAAUAAAGACUAAGAGUUGCUAUAAAAGCUUAAAUAAUAAUACUAUGAGAGAUAGUAAUAAAUGACUUAAUCAGUAAAAACUUUGAGAGACCAGUUAUCUUUGGAGAUCAAAAGAUCAAAAGAAAAUCUUCUUUAAUCUAAAAAGCAAGAUUAAGAAGAAAUUAUGAAAUAAAGGAAAGAAAAUGAAUAAAUGAUAAAAUAAUUUUCAGGGACAGUAAUAGAAAAAAAGAAGGAAUAAAUUAAUAGAGUCAAAAACGAUAAAGAGAUAUCUUACUAAACAAAAUGCAAGUUUUUUGAGUAAAAGAAAUUAAAUUGGCAGAGAAUUAAUUAAGAAAAAAGAAGAGAAUACUAAACUGAGUAGACUUGGAUUUUAGAAGAAAUCAAUGAACUAGAGAAGGAAGAAUAAAAGGCACUUUCACGCUAUAACAGCCUUCAGUAAAGUAGACUCGAAAAGUAAAGUUUCCUUUCCACAUUUAUGGGUGCCAAAAAAUCUUUCUAACAAGAAGGGUUUUCUAGCAGAAACAGUAUAGAAAAUUCACCCAUAAGAACUAUCCAUGACAGUGGUGAAAAAUAAAAAUUUGUUAACGCUUGA